AUGACUGAGUCCAUCCCGCAUAACAUGAAUGACCCGGCCGUCGACUUUUCGGCCAACGUGGCUGCUCCCGCACAUCCGUACUACCCCGUCGACGCCCAAAUCCUGCACUACACCGCGAACCAAACCUCCAUCCCCGUCCUCCUCAUCGCCUUCGGCGCCGUUCUUGCUCUGGCCGUUGGAGCGGCUGUCCUGGGCGCCAGGAAAGCCCACCCUGCUCUGUCGAAGGCAGAUCUCUUCACCGUCGCUUGGUUUGCACUUUGCUACUUCAUUCUUUACCAUGAGAACCUAGCAAGCCUGCAAACUUUCUUCGGCCAGCUCUGGAAGGAAUACGCCCUGUCCGACUCACGCUACCUGACAUCCGACUCUUUUAUGCUCUGCGUUGAAGGAUUCACCGUGGCGGUAUGGGGUCCGCUGUGCUGGUCCAUCGUGGUCGCCAUCGCAAAGAGGAGCACCCUGCGCUACCCGUUGACCAUCAUCAUGUGCGUCGGCCACCUGUACGGCGUCGUGCUCUACUACUCUACCAGCUUGACCGAGUACUUUCUCCACGGCGUAUCUCACAGUCGACCCGAGUUCCUUUACUUCUGGGUCUACUACAUCGGGUUCAACGGCCCCUGGGUCGUGGUGCCAACGCAGAAGGCGGUUGGCAGUGAAGGCGCCUUUGAAGCAGCUCGGAGUGUGACUCGCGACGUGAAGAAGAACGAGUGA